CGCCGACCGAUUUUGACCCAAUCAACCCGAUUCGCGUCACCACGUCGCGAACACGUCUUCCUUCCAGCCAUGAACGAGCUAAUUGCUGAGAUCAAGAAAAUACCACCAGUAACUCGCCUACUAUGCAUCUCAUCGGUGUCGGUCACCCUUCCGGUCAUGCUUAAAAUGAUCUCCCCAUACCACAUCUUUUACUCUUUCGAAAAAGUGUUUGAACACCUCGAGAUAUGGAGACUAUACACCAGCUUCUUUCUUGGGAGUGGUGGUAUAAAUUAUGUGUUCGAGCUGGCGAUGCUAUAUCGAACAAUGAACGAGAUUGAGACGGGACCAUACUUGCAUAAAUCUGCGGACCUGGCGUGGCAGCUCUUCGUCGCGAGCGUUGGCAUCGUUGUAACUAGCAUUCCCGUCAAUUCUUUCUUCUUCACUCGCGCAUUCGUUCUCUGCAUCAUCUAUGUUGGCUCUGCCCUUGCGCCCCCAGGUGCUCAAACAUCACUGUUUGGGCUUGUUACCUUCCCCGUGCGGUACUUUCCCUACGUGAUGCUUGGCAUGGACCUUCUCAGUGGACCGGCGGCGGUAGCGAGCUCGUUACCUGGCGCCAUUGUCGGACAUCUCUGGUGGUGGGGUAUCUGGGGUUCUGAGACGGGUGGAACUCGUGGAGGAGGAGUAUUAUAUCCGUGGGGAGCGGCCCCAGCAUGGUUUGCCAACUGGAUGGGCCAGACACCGACAGUCGCUGGCGCUCCAGAGCCAGGACGAGCAAAUGCGGGUGGCGGAGUCCACAUCGUCGCGCCGCGAAGGACGGUCAAUGCCCCAGAGGCCGGUGGGAGUACAGCAGGGUAUAAUUGGGGCUCAGGUGGUCAGCGGUUAGGAAAUAACUAA